UGUGAAUGUGUGUGUUUGUGCGCAUGACAACGUGAAGAGACUCCCAGGUGUUUCACAGCCUCAAGUGUUGUUUUGACUCCAUACACAUUUUAUUUUCCGUGGUUUUUUUGGAUACAUUUGAUGAAGAGGUGACGAUGAAGCUUCGCCGCCACCACCUCCACCUCCUGCUGCUGCUGCUCUGCUGUAGCUCCACAGAAACCAUUGAACCCAUCAGUACUAGCAUAGCAGUCGGUGUGGCCGCGGCUCUCACCGGCUAUCUAGCCCGGUACCAGAACAUUUUCCACUAUUUCCAAGAGUGCUGUCGACCCGAGUGGAUCUCCUUCAACAAAACAGCACUCCAGGCUGACCUGGAAAGCAAACUGUUUGGACAGCACGUUGCGUCACGCAUCAUCCUGAAAGCUGUGAAUGGAUUCAUGAGCAACGACAACCCAAAGAAGCCCCUGGUGCUCUCUCUGCACGGAUGGACUGGUACGGGGAAGAACUACGUCAGUGGUCUGAUAGCUGACAGCAUUUACAAGGAGGGAAUGGACAGCAGAUUUGUCCAUGUUUUCACGUCCGAGCUUCACUUCCCGCACGCGAGUCAAAUAGAGAAUUACAAGUCUCAGUUACAGCAGUGGAUCAAAGGCAAUGUCACCAACUGCGAGCGCUCCAUGUUCAUCUUUGAUGAGAUGGAUAAGAUGCAUCCGGGCUUGAUUGACUGCAUUAAGCCGUACCUGGACUACUACGACAAGCUGGAUGGAGUUUCUUAUCGGAAAGCCAUCUUCAUCUUCCUCAGCAACGCUGGAGGAGAUAGCAUCAUACAGACGGCUUUAGAUUUCUGGAAAGAAGGACGAGAUCGAGAAGAGAUUGAGCUCAAAGACCUGGAAACACCGCUCUCUCUGUCGGUGUUCAACAACAAGAAAAGUGGCUUGUGGCAUACAAGCUUGAUCGACAAGAACCUGGUGGACUUCUUCGUCCCGUUUCUGCCUCUGGAGUACCGUCACAUCGUGCAGUGCGCCCUCUCCGCGAUGGCAGACAGAGAACUUGAGCCAGACCAGAAGGUGGCAGACCAGGUGGCCAGAGAUUUGGUCUAUUUCCCCAAAUCCGAGAGAAUCUUUUCUGUCAAAGGCUGCAAGACGAUAGACAGCAAGUUGGACUACUACACAUAAAAUGAACAUCCGAUGGACGCGUUGUUUGAUCACUAUGUGCACUUUUUUUUAAAGGACAAAAAAAACUCUCAGCCAAAUGACUAAAGAGAGGAAGUCGAGGUGACUGAACUCUGUAGAAAUCUCUGUGGAGGUUUUUCUCUGACUGAGCUUGUGAAGGAUAUCAGCAGAUCUUCUCAAUUGUUGCAUCUUGCUUACACCGAGAGAGAGAGAGCGAGAGAGAGAGAGAGAGAGAUCACAGUGCUGAGUGAAUGAAAAAAAUAAUAUGAUUGUAACUGAUUAACGGGCCUGAUCUCUGCUUUUAUAUCACAAUGCAACGAGAGUCCCCAAGCCCCGGGGGUUUUGUUUUCCCAAGAGCCUUUGCACCACAUAACUAGAAGAACAAACAGGAUGUUCCUUCUGCCAGUGAAACUUCGGCAUAUCACUGUUGUGCAUUUAUUUUUGUCAGUUUUUUUUAAACGUAUAGAUGGAUUUCUUGAGUCACCAGCCUUAAUUCUUUGUAAUUUUUUAAAAGUUCUGCUGUUAUUUCAUAUGUAUGUAGAGCUCUGACGAUUAAUCAAUUAGUUGUUCAACGGAAAAUGAAUCGACAACUGUUUUGAUAAUCGUUCUACUGAUUGAUUUUAUUUUAUUUUUUUAAAGGAAAAAAUGCCCCAAAAAUGGCUGGUUGUAGUUUCUCACAUACAUGAAUAUCUUUGGAUUUCAGACUCUUGAUUGACUAAAACAUGACAUUUGAAGAAGUAUCAUUUAACUGAGUCACUGCGAUGAGGGCGUCAUGUCUGGAAAAUGUCCUCAGCUGUAGUCUUUCAAGCUCUAAAAGAUGUUUACCCCAAACUUUUUAGAUUCAGUUUGCCUCCGACAUGCUUUGGAGACACAAGGAUUAUUUUAUUAAUCGAGUAAAUAAUUAUCAGAUUAAUCAAUACAUGAGUCCACUCUGUCUAUUAGUUAUAUAAGAUUGGCCAUAGAGGGUGAAAGCUAUGUGUAGAAAAUUUACACUGUUCAAAUGCAGAAAAUAGUUUACAUGUAUCAUAUUAAAUUCAACAUUAAUCAGAUAUGUUGUCUAUACUGUGCAACCACAUACUUUAAAUACCUGGACAAUAUGAUACAGUACACAUUGAUUCUGUCAUGUAAGAUUUUGUCCAUUGUGGUGUCACAUGACUGGACUCUGUAGCUGCAUUUGGAUACUGUACAUGAACUCCCAAGAUGGUAUUCUGGAAACAAAACAUUUUAAAAGUUUUAAAUUCUUAAAAAUUGCACUACAAAGUUUUAAUGAUAUUGUGUAAAACAGAGUGGUUGAUUAUUCCUUUCCCUUUUUUUUGUAUUUUGUCUUUGUGGGGGGAAAAAAGUGUUGAAGGAAAUGUACUGUUAUCUCAAAAAAAAAAUUUGGAUUUUGAAACUAUUUUGAAACUUUUUCUACACAGUUGCUCGCUGUUCUCUGCAGGUGAAGGGCUUUAAGAGAAUUGUGGUUGGGGAUGUAAAGCAAACAUGAGUGAACUUCUUGGCUGUAAACACACCUGCCGGAAAAAAAAAGAAAAUCACAAAUAAAAGCUGAAAUGUU